GGAAACUUACCUAAAGAAGCUGUUGAUUCAUUGCUCAAGUGGUUAUUCGAUAACUUUAGUCAUCCAUAUCCUUCAGAUGCAGAGAAAGAUGUAUUGGCUGAAGAAACAAAUCUUACCUUAACACAAGUCAACAAUUGGUUCAUCAAUGCAAGAAGGAGAAUAUGG